UUUUGAAUUUUCAUUUCUUUGAUUACGGUUCUUGUUUUUAUUAAUUUCCUUAAUAGAGAAGUUUUAUUUUUUAAUUUUUUUAGUACUAUAAUUUUAAAGAAGUUUUUUUUUUUUAGCCGUUUAGGGUUUAAAGGAACAAAUAAACUCUUGGGAAACCUCAACCAAAUUAUAUGCAUAGCUGAUAGCUGUUUGCCUGUUUCCAAGAAAAAUGUACUCAUAUUAGAUUCAAUUUCCUUCUUUUUUCAAGGAAAAAAUUUUUGGAAGUCGGAAACUAAAAACUCUUAGGGUUUAGCCAUCUCUCUUAUUUAUAUCUCCAAAUCACUAUUCACGGAUCUUUCUAAUGUAACAUGGCUGAGCAACAAACUCCGUCCGCUGAGAAUCAAAGUAGUAGCACUACACCCGUUUCCCUGACUCUGUUGGAUCCAGAUGUUCUCGAAUGCCCUAUUUGCUGCGAGCCCCUGAAGAUUCCUAUAUUUCAGUGUGAAAAUGGCCAUCUAGCCUGUUCUCAGUGCUGCGAAAAAGUGAAGAAGAUUUGCCCGUCCUGUAAAUCACCGAAUGGGUACAGUCGUUGCAGAGCCAUGGAGAGAGUCAUUGAAGCAUGUAGAGUGUCAUGCCCAAAUUCCAAAUACGGGUGUAAAGAAAAUACCUCGUUUGGAAAUCGCUCUAGCCAUGAGAAGCAGUGUCUUUUCGCCCCUUGUUUCUGCCCCGUGCCCUUGAAUGAUUGCAACUAUGUUGGCUCAGACAAAAAUCUCCGCAACCACAUUCGUGCUAAACACAAGGACCAUGUAAUUCCGAUUGUGUUUGAUACUCCUUUAACCCUUGUCAUGGGCUCGAGCGAGAAGAUUGUCUGUUUUCAGGAAAAGAAAGAUGGGGAACUGUUUGUGGUUCAAGCUUUUCGCAAAUCGUAUGGUUUGGCUGUCAGCGUGAACUGCAUUGCACCAUCGGCGCAUGGGCUCGGAAGAUUCUCCUGCUGUAUGGAUGUGAUAAUUGAUCCUUGUAUCAAACUAAAGCAGGCAUUCACGGUUAGGGAAAUCCAGAAGAAGAUUCAUGAAGAGCCCAAGGAUAGUUUUAUGUUGAUUCCCUCGCAUAUGUUAAUGCUUACUGACUGGAGCUUCGGUAUUGAUAUUUGUUUCAGCCGUGGCAUGGAUAGUUUUAUUCGUGCUUGAGUGCUUUGUACUGCGCAGUGUUUGUCCCGUGUGUCUACUAAUGUGGUUGUUUUGUAAUCCUAUAACGUUGCGCGCUACUAAGGAAUUAGAUUUUUAAAAA